AUGAGAGGUUUUAGCUGCCCCAAGGAUAGGAAGCAGUCAUAUCCUCGUUAUAGGCGCCUCACGCCUUCCAUCGGGUCUAAUACCAGCGUCAGCAGCGGCAGUCACUUGGCUGUGGGGCCAGGGCAGCCAAUCAGCGCUAGCCACGUGGCUGGUGCGGCAGGGGAGCCAAUUAGCGCCAGUCACGUGGCAGUGGCAGGAGCAGUGGCUGUGCUAGGGCAGGUGCAUGCGGCUUUGGGGGAGGAAGGUGGGGAGAAAGCAGGGGGAGAAGGGGGGUUGGUGGUGGAAGGAGGAGAGGAAGAGGGGGUGGUGGUGGGCGGGGGGAAAGCAGGAGGGGCGCAAGGGGGGUUGGUGGGGGAAGGGGGGAAGGAAGGAGCGGUGGGAGGGGGGUUGGUGGCGGAAAUGGGAGAGGAAGGAGGGGAGGAAAAGGGGUUGGUGGAACGAGGGGGUGAUGAAGGUGGGGUGGUGGUGCGAGGGGGGAAUGAAAGUGCCUCUGAGGUGGGCAGAGGUGCCAUCGAGGUGAGAGCUUUCGCUUCUCGUAUUUCUAUCCACUAUCCUCUCUCCUCUGUCUAUUUCCUCUCGCCUCUCUCCUCUGUAUAUUUCCUCUCGCCUCUCUCUUCUAUCUAUUUCCUCUCGCCUCUCUCCUCUGUCUAUUUCCUCUCGCCUCUCUCCUCUGUCUAUUUCCUCUCGCCUCUCUCCUCUGUCUAUUUCCUCUCGCCUCUCUCCUCUGUCUAUUUCCUCUCGCCUCUCUCCUCUGUCUAUGUCCUCUCGCCUCUCUCCUCUGUCUAUUUCCUCUCGCCUCUCUCCUCUGUCUAUUUCCUCUCGCCUCUCUCCUCUGUCUAUUUCCUCUCGCCUCUCUCCUCUGUCUAUUUCCUCUUGCCUCUCUCCUCUGUCUAUUUCCUCUCGCCUCUCUCCUCUGUCUAUUUCCUCUCGCCUCUCUUCUCUGUCCUCUUUCCUGCCCAUUCAUGUGCGUGUGGUUCUGUGUGGUUGGCGAUAUGCUGA